AUGCGUUGGCUCAAGAGCUUUGUGGCUUUCUCCUGCGUCUCUGCUGCAGUAGCAAACAGUAGCGCUAUAACACAAAAAGACAAUGUCUGUACAGUCAAAGCUUUGGGGAAUAAGAAAAACGAUGUCCCCAAUAUUCUAGAUGCAUUUCGGCGCUGUGGAAAUGGAGGAAGAAUUGUUUUUCCAGAGGAUCAGAACUACUGGAUUGGGACUCGGUUGAAUCCUGUUGUGGAUGACGUUCUUAUUGAAUGGCGCGGAACCUGGACGUUCUCAGACAACCUCGACUACUGGCGCAAUAACUCGUAUCCUAUAACGUUCCAAAACCAUCACGCCGGUUUCAUCCUUAGCGGCAAAGGGAUCACCAUCGAGGGAUACGGCACGGGGCAAAUCCAAGGUAAUGGCAAUGCCUGGUACAAUGCCGAAGAAGGAGAUACGCAGCCUGGAAGACCAAUGCCAUUUGUUUUCUGGAAUGUAUCCAAUGUGCUGGUGGAAGACUUUAAAAUCAUCGACCCUCCUCUAUGGGCUCUCAACAUCAUGAACGGGACGUAUCUGCGUUUUAAUAACAUUUAUGUCAAUGCUACGGCCGUGAAUGCCCCGUAUGGAAGCAACUGGGUGCAGAACACAGACGGUUUUGAUACCAUGGACGUUGACAACGUCGAGCUCAAUGGCCUUGUAUACCAAGGCGGAGACGACUGUAUCGCGAUUAAACCUCGCUCGUACAACGUCCGCGUCACCAAUGUGACUUGUCAUGGCGGUAACGGUAUCGCCAUUGGAAGUCUUGGUCAGUAUCUCGAGGAUUCAUCUGUCGAAAAUGUAGUGGUGGAUAACGUCAAGAUUAUUCGUUACAACGAAGACAUGCACAAUUCCGCGUAUAUCAAAACCUGGAUCGGGGUGCAGCUUCCCCAAAGCUCCUACGAAAGCGCCGGAAAGCCAAACGGCGCCGGCUGGGGAUCAGUCGAAAACAUUGUAUUCUCAAAUUUCGACAUCCAGGGAGCCAACGCCGGUCCUGGAAUUUCACAAGGCAGCGGAGACAACGGGUCGUAUCCGGGGACCAGUCUGAUGCAGGUUUCUAACGUUGCCUUUGUCAAUUUCACGGGAUAUCUCAAUAGCGCGCCAAAAGGCGAUGUGGUUGCUACAAUUUCCUGCUCCAAGGUGCACCCGUGUUAUAAUAUUGCGUUUGAUAAUGUAGAUAUUCAUCCGGCGCAGAACAUUUCCUCGUUUGGAGGGGUUUCCUGUGACUAUACUGCCUUAUCAAGCUCGAGUGCAGGCGCAUUCAUUUGGAUAUUCUCACGGCCACUCAGAAUGCCUUUGGUGCGCAAACGCCCCGUUGAGCAGCACGACGACUCAGAUUCCAGCCCAGAAAAUGGCACACCUGCCCACCACCCACAGCAGCGCCGCCGUCAAUCCGACGAAGACAACGACGAGCAGUCCGCUGCGUCCGAUAGCGAUGACGAUCAACACCGUGCUCCGAACAGUAUGGAUGUGAUGGUCAAGAAAAUGGUGCGCCUGGCGCUCUCAAGCGAGUUUGCGCGGUUGCCGAUUCGGCGCACAGAUAUCAGUGCCAAAGUGCUAGGCGAGCAAGGGUCGAGACAGUUCAAGUUCAUCUUUGAUGAAACGCAGAAGGUUUUGCGUAGUCGGUUUGGGAUGCAACUGGUGGAAUUGCCUGCGAGGGAAAAGGUUACGAUUACGCAGCGAAGGGCUGCGCAAAAAGUUGAGAAACCGUCAACGGCCUCCAAGUCCUGGAUCGUGAUGAGCGUACUACCCUCUGCCUUUCGCGUGCCAGAAAUCCUACCCCCCGCCAAAGCUCCAUCAGUCUUCACCGAAAGCACCUAUACUGCGCUCUACACUUUCCUAAUUUCCCUCAUCACUCUAUCCGGUGGCUCCAUUCAAGAGCAAAAAUUGGACCGCUACUUGCAACGAACCAAUACCGACCAAUACACCCCAGUGGACCGCACCGAUCGUCUGCUACAACGCAUGUGCAAGGACGGAUACCUUGUUCGGAAUCGAGAAAUGGACGGCGGCGAGGAAAUUAUCGAGUACAUGGUCGGUCCCCGAGGGAAGACCGAGGUGGGCGAAAGUGGUGUCUCCGGGUUAGUCAGGGAAGUCUACGGGAAACAGUUAUCCGGCAAUACUUCGCAAGAAGACCUUGAUGAGACUUUCGAGGCGAGACUAGCACGGAGUGUGCGUGGAAAUCGCGGCAACGCUCUAGUUGAGCCGGAUAAUAAUGAUGCUCCUCCAGAGGAAACCAACAGUCGGAGGAAUCAGUCGAAUCGACGGAAUACACGCAACCGCGGUGCAGAUGAUGACGAUGACUAUUAG